AAACGCAGCGUAUCACAUGGCCUCCUCGUCUGAGACGCUUGACCUAGUCGUAACCGUCGUCUCCGCCAAGCACCUGAAGAACGUCAACUGGCGCAACGGAGACCUGAAACCAUACGUUGUUCUCUACCUCGACUCGGAUCACCGCGUCUCCACACGCUCCGAUGAUUCCGCCAAACCGGUGUGGAACGAGCGGAUCACUCUCCCUCUCACCCGAUCCGUCCACGAAUCGGUCCUCAACGUCGAGAUUUUCCAUUCCGAUGCGGCGAAACCACUCGUCGGAUCGGUUAGGUUUCCUCUGGUUCGAUUGGUUGACUCGGAGGGAGCGAUGGUUCCCGAAUCGAUCAGCUCGCUCGAGCUUCUCCGUCCCUCGGGGAGGCCGCAAGGGAAGAUACGAUUGAAGCUCGCCAUCAAGGAGCGACCGAUCCCUCCACCGCAGCGUCCUCAAUCGCAGCCUCGAGAUUACUAUUCUGCCCCUCAAGGUAACCAUUAUUACUCCCCAAGCCCUCCUCCUCCUCCUCCACCAGCUCCGAUCACCUCUCCGUCUCCUCAUCGCGACUACAGAGAAUUCUCACCUUCUCCCUCUCCUUAUCCGUUCACCGAUCACUACUAUUCCGGAUUCUAUUACCCUCCUCCUCCGCCGCGUUCGAUGUACGAUCGGGCCUCCAAUUACGGCCAGCCAUCUGCUCCAGUCGAUCUUCCUUUAGCUCCUCCUCGGUUUCCACAGCCCAGUGGGCCUUCAGCUCCCGUCGAGGCCUUUCAAAUGAACGAGUAUAAGCCGCAGGCGGGCUCGCGGUUGUCCAGCUACGGAGUGCCAGGUGGCCCAUCGGCGCCAGUCGAUUACUCCCCUUAUGAUCACAGGCAGUUGCAGAAGACGAUGGGUGGGUUGAGCUUGGAGGAAGAGAGAGGUGCUGCAGAGAGCGACUUUGGAGCUAGGCCCAGCUUCAGCUACGGCCGUGAGUAUCGCCGUGAGUGUUAGAAAGCUGUGGAGUUUCAUCUAGUGUGUGAUGAUGAAGAAGUUGUGGAAUUUCAUUUAAGUGUGUGACGUUUUUAAGGCUCCUCUAUCAUCAGAUAUUUUACCUUCGUGUUGGUGUUUGGUGAAUUUCCUCUGAAGAUAUGAUAUGCCUAUAUGUAUGUAUUGUUUGCGAAAUUGAUAUCAUUGCUUCUUUUCUCCUUGUUUAUGUAUGUAUGUAAGGGGUGACACCUUAUGUACCUUUGUAAAUGUUUCUAAAACAACUCUAGUUUCGUCA